AUGCGUCUGUUCGCACGACGGAUCUCCUCCUCGCCAGCUCCUGGCCGCCGCGAUGUUUCGGAUCGGCAUGUCAGCAGACUACCCGUCGUGGCGUCAGACAGCAAGGUUGCUGGGCUGCAUCUCAGCUCAAUGACAAGGUUGCAAAAAGUUCAACUUGCUCUUCGCCCCCGCCGUGGACAGCGGAACCAAACGGCUACAGACGGGACCGACUGGAUCAGCAAACCAGGGCUGGCAUCAGGUGUCGUCAGAACCACUUGGCUGCUUUUUCUGGAUGCCCGACCCUGGUCUUUCCAUACCGAGCUCUCCCACACCUGCUGUCGCCAUGCCCGCUUGACCAGAUCAGGACACGCUGACAAGUUCCCCUUGUGCAGACAGACAAAGGGAAACGCUCGCUGA